UUUAGUCAGAUAUCAGGCUGCUUCUAACAAAUCAUUGCUGUUGAGAUUCCUGUCUAAGUGGUUUCUGUUUGGCCCUCUGCAGACACAGCGAGGAAGAUGUCCAGCAAGGAGUUAUCCAGCGAGCUCGUCUUCUACAUCAAUGGAAGAAAGAUUGUUGAGAAGAAUGCAGAUCCUGAAGUCAUGCUACUUGACUUUCUAAGGAGAAAAGUUAGGCUCACAGGAACAAAAUAUGGCUGUGGAGGAGGUGGCUGUGGAGCCUGCACGGUGAUGUUAUCUCAAUAUGACCCUCUCUGCAAGAAGGUUGUCCACUUCUCUGUGAAUGCCUGUCUUUUUCCUAUCUGUUCCUUGCACGGAGCUGCCGUUACUACUGUUGAAGGGAUUGGAAGCACAAAAACCAAGAUGCACCCAGUACAGGAGCGCAUUGCUGCUGCACAUGGCACCCAGUGUGGAUUCUGCUCUCCUGGCAUGGUGAUGUCCAUGUACACUUUGUUGAGAAACUCCCCAGAGCCCAGCAUGGAGGACAUCCAGGAGGCCCUUCUUGGAAACCUGUGCCGCUGUACUGGAUACAGACCUAUUGUUGAUGGAUUUAAAACCUUUUGUCAGAGAAAAGACUGUUGUCAAAAGAGAAGCAAAGACAUUUUUGCAAGGCAGGGACGAAAGGAAGAAGGUCCAUGUGAAAUGGGAUCUGAUGAUACAUUCCAAGCUGAUGACUUCCGGCUGGCGGACCCGACUCAAGACUUCAUCUUUCCACCAGAACUCAUGAUAGUGGCCCAGAAGCAGUCACACCAGAGGAUGGUGUUCCAAGGAGACCGCAUUAAGUGGAUCACUCCUGCUGACCUUGAGGAUCUUCUAGAGCUGAAGUCUCAGUAUCCACAAGCUCCUCUAGUGGCUGGAAACACAACUGUGGGGCCAGAUAUGAAAUUUAAAGGAAUCCUCCACCCUGUACUUCUCAACAUAGGAAGGAUUCAGGAGCUCCGUGAAAUCAAGGAAUGUGAAGAUGGAAUAACUCUGAGUGCUGCAUGCACUCUAACUGCCAUAAAGGAAAAGCUGGAGGAAGCUGUGAAGAUGUUGCCUGAAGAGAAAAGCGAAGGGCUACAGGCCCUUCUUGAGACACUUGGCAAGGUUGCAUCAAGGCAGAUCAGGAAUGUGGCAUCUCUAGGUGGAAACAUUCUGAGUUCAAAUCCCAAAUUUGACCUGUGCAGUGUUCUGGCAGCACUGGGCUGUUCUCUCACCAUCCUCUCUAAGGAUGGCUCACGGAAGCUCGACUUAACUGAAGGAUUCUUUACUGCGGUUGGAAAGACUGCUCUGAAACCAGAGGAGGUUAUGCUUUCAGUGUACAUUCCCUACACCAAAAAGUGGGAGUUCAUGUCGGCUUUUCGGCAGGCACAGUGCCGACAGUUUGCCUUUUCUAUUAUUAACUGUGGAAUGAAGGUCAUCUUCUUUGAAGGAACAAACGUGGUUAAAGAUCUAAAGAUAUUCUAUGGAGGUGCAGGACCCACUUUGGUCAGCACUAGAAAUGCCUCCCAACAGCUAGUUGGCAGAAAAUGGAAUGACAACCUGUUGACAGAUGCCUGUAAGUUGGUCCUCAGUGAGAUCCACCUUCCUGACACAGCUUAUGGAGGAAUGGUGGAGUACAAGAAGACUCUAAUUCUCAGCUUCUUCUUCAAGUUCUACCUUCACAUCCUGCAGAAACUGAAGGCAAUGGGCUUGAAUGUUGCUGCUGUGCCUCCUGAGUAUAUGAGUGCACUGACACCUUUGCAGAGCAAGCUACCCCAGGGUCAACUUUCUUAUCAGGCUGUUUCAGUUUCACAGCCUUUGGAAGAUCCAGUUGGAAGACCUAAUGUGCACCAGUCAGGCUUCAAACACUCCACAGGAGAAGCUAUCUACUAUGAUGAUAUUCCCAGCAUUGAUGGGGAGCUGUUUUUGGUGUUUGUUACCAGUACAAGACCACAUGCCAAGAUAAUUUCAAUAGAUACUGCUGAAGCUCUCAGCAUGCCUGGCGUGGUGACUUUCCUGUCAGCCAAGGAUGUCCCUGGAAACAACAAGAGACGAUGGUUUCAUGAUGUGGUUCAGCUCUUCAUAGAGGAGGAGGUUAUGUGUGUAGGGCAGAUGAUUGGUGCCAUUGUUGCAGAAACAAGGGAACAAGCAAGACGAGCAGCACAAAAAGUGUAUGUUUCCUAUCAGGACCUGGAACCCGUCUUUUUCACAAUUGAGGAAGCCAUUAAUCACCAGUCCUUCUUCAGUCCUCAGAGGAAGCUAGAGAGGGGUGAUGUGGAUGCAGGCUUUGAAACAGCUGAUCAGAUACUAGAAGGAGAAAUUUAUAUGGGAGGUCAAGAACAUUUUUACAUGGAAACACAGGGAGUUAUUGCUGUACCAAAAGGUGAAAGUGGAGAAACUGACUUGUUUAUUGCAACACAACAUGCUGCCUUUGCACAGGAGGUGGUUGCUAAUGCAUUAGGGGUUUCAUCCAAUAAAAUUACCUGCCAUGUGAAGCGGCUUGGUGGUGGGUUUGGAGGAAAGGUCAUGAAAAUUGCAGACAUUUCAGCAGCAGUAGCUGUUGCUGCCUAUAGAACUGGCCGCUCUGUGAGGUGUGUGCUUGAGAGAGGAGAAGACAUGCUGAUAACCAGUGGCAGACAUCCAUUUUUGGGUAAAUACAAGGUUGGGUUUAUGAAUGAUGGCACAAUAAUUUCAGCUGAUAUGACAUACUACAGUAAUGCAGGCAACACCUUGGAUGAGUCCCAGUUUAUCAUUGAAAAAGCAUUGCUACACCUGGACAAUUGUUACAAAAUUCCAAAUCUUCGAGGCCGUGGCAUCAUGUGUAAAACCUACUUGCCAUCCUACACUGCCUUUCGGGGAUUUGGUGCUCCGCAGGGUCUCAUGGUGAUUGAAAGUGUCAUAAAUGAGGUGGCUGCCAAGUGUGGCCUUCCAGCAGAAGAGGUACGGGAGAUCAACAUGUACAAAAAUGAAUCGCACACCCAUUUCAGGCAAUCCUUUGAUGCCAGCAAUAUGGUGCGCUGCUGGAAUGAAUGUUUGGAGAAAGCAGUCUACCACCAGAGAAGGCAAAAUAUUGAGGAGUUCAACAAACAGAACCGGUGGAAGAAGCGUGGCAUAUCAGCAGUGCCUAUCAAGUUUGGCAUCGGCUUCUCUAAAGGGUUCUAUAACCAGGGAGCAGCACUUAUCAAUGUCUACAAAGAUGGAUCAGUAUUGCUCAGUCAUAGUGGCACAGAGAUGGGCCAAGGGAUCAACACCAAAAUGAUACAGAUUGCCAGUCGAAUCCUGAAAAUCCCGCAAUCCUCCAUCUAUAUUGUCGAGACCAGCACAGCCAGUGUACCAAAUGCAGCACCUUCUGCUGCUUCCUUUGGCAGUGAUGCAGUAGGCAUGGCUGUUAAGGAUGCCUGUGAAAACAUGAUGAACCGCCUUCAGCCCAUCAUGGAGCAACACCCCAAGAUGUCCUGGGAAUAUUGGGUCAAAGAGGCUUAUAUACAAAGGAUCAGCUUAUCCUCCACUGGCUUUUUCAGGGGCCCUAAUACUGAUGUUGACUGGGAAAGAAGUGAAGGGAAAGCUUAUUACUAUUUCACGUUUGGGGUGUGCUGUUCUGAAGUAGAAGUUGACUGCUUAACUGGAGAUCACAAGAAUAUAAGAACAGACAUUGUGAUGGAUGUUGGUCAAAGUCUAAACCCAGCUUUGGAUAUUGGACAGAUUGAAGGUGGUUUUGUCCAGGGCCUGGGACUCUACACCAUAGAAGAGCUCAAGUUUUCUCCAAGUGGAGUCCUGAUAACUAGGGGCCCAUCCCAAUACAAGAUCCCAACAAUUUGUGAUAUUCCGGAACAAAUUAAUACUUCCCUCCUGCAAAAUGCUUCAAAUCCACAUGCCAUCUAUUCAUCUAAGGGGAUUGGAGAACCCACUGUGUUUUUUGGAUGCACUGUGUUUUUUGCCAUUAAACAAGCAAUUGCUGCAGCAAGAAAGGAUGUGGGAUUGCAUGACAAUUUUGCCCUGAACUCUCCUGCAACUCCCGAGAAGAUUCGUCUUGCAUGUGCUGAUCAGUUCACACAGAUGGUUCCUACUCCUGAGCCAGGAAGCUUCAUUCCCUGGGCCAUCAAUGUAUGAGUCAGAAAAUUACAAAUGCUGAAUUUGAAUCUAAUCUUUCAGUUUCAUGUGUUAUAAAUAAUCACUGAAAUAUGAACUUCCUUCCAUUAACAACCAAAUGGCUUAUGUGGUGCUUUACUAAAACAGUUUGGAAAUGUCACAUGCCUUUUGUAUUUCCCUGUGCCAGUAGCUCAAAUCCAGAGAUAUAUUCCCAAUACAGACAAUAAAGCUAUUAUACAAAA